UCAUACACAUGUUUUUUGUCACGGCCAGCACGCCCCCCACGGCGGCAGCCGUGGCGCCACGCAGCACCGCGCACACGCCCCGUGGCCCGCACUCGCGACGCGACCAGGAGCACGGCAUGGUGGCCAUGGUGCAGCCGCUGGUGCCGGUAGUGCUGGUGGCCCUGCUGCAGUUGGUGACCAGCCUCAGCCUCUUCGACGCGAAGCAGGACCUGCACGUCGUGCCCGAGCGCAACCGGAAGGUGUGGCGGCGGUCGCUGCUGUUCAGCAACCCGGACAACUGGGAGGGCGGCGCGCUGCCGUGUCCCGGGGACAAGCUGGUCUUCCCCCGAGACCUCCGGGACUCCGCGGCCUACCUGGCGGCCGGGGAGCGGGUGACUCCUCCGCUCGAGGUGCGGGAGGUGGAGCUGCCGUGGCACGGCGUGGUGGUGCUCGGCCACCCGGGUCAGGGUGACAGGGGGCGCACGGGCGACAGCGGCCAGCUCCGCAGCAGCAGCGGCCUCGUCAUCGGCGGGGAGGACUCGCGCAGUCGGUCGUGCCCCGGCAGAGGUGAGCGCCGCAGCACUUAUCUGUUCAAAUCAACCUUCAAAGAGGAAGGGAAAAAAAGACAGAGUUCAGUCACUUAA